UCGACACACCAAAAGCUGUCUGUCCUACUGUCCUAGUUUCAAUCAUCGUGCAUUUGUUGACAUGGAAGGUGUAAGUUUAGGACGAGGAAGAGGUAAUUUUCGCAAACUGUCUGCACUGUCACAGCCUCCAAGUUCUGGAGUACCUAAACCCCCAGGAACCCCUGCUGAACCACGAAUCCCUAGGGCCAUCAUUGGUCGAGGAUUUUCCGAUGCUCAAGGAGUGAAUCAAAUAGCAGAAAAUUUAUCCUCUUUGGAUACAUCGAAUAACACUCAAGAGUCUCCAAAGAAAAUUCUUGAAAGGGAUCUCGAUAAUAUACUGAAGGACACAAACAGAUGUUUUAUUCGUGCAACAAUAAAUUUUUUCAACAAUGACAACGAUGUUCAAUUUUAUGUGGAAAAAGUCAUAAAAUGUGCCUUGGAUUCAUUUUUGAUUGGAAAAAAGUUUGCGAUGUCUCUAAACUACAUCACGUCCCACAAGCUUUAUGGGCCGAAAAUCAAGGGAGUCUUCAUGUCUAAACUACAUUCCCACUAUGAGACCAUGAGUGCAUUGAUGAAAGAUAGCACAGGUUUGUCAGCGGAGACAAAAAUUCGUCUUCUAAACUUCUGUAGUUUCCUUGGCCAAGUUUAUUUUCGGUUCAGGCCGACGCUUGAGUUGAAUUUGAGAUAUGAGGUCUUUUCUGAUCCCGUCAUCUCAUGUAUGACCUAUCUUCUCAACUCUGGUGGAGUUCCAGAACUUUCCCUAUUGGUGCAGCAGCUUUUUAUGAACUAUAAAGCCCUUCACGACCAACAGAAGGAGAAGGUUUUAAGGCUAUAUGAUGAUGCUCGAGGUAAUUUGGUUAAAAGGGAUUUGACCGAAAAAGGACGUCUGUGGUUGUUGUGUGUCAUUGAAGUCUUUAACCAUCAGUGCAAGGACCUACACGAAGAUGUUGCCCAUUUCUAUGCUUCCCAAGCAGGGAAGAAAGAAUGGAGUGAACUUUUACUUGAAAAGAACAAGGGUAAAAUUAUUUUACUCCAUUCUCUGCCUGUGGACCUUAACCCUAAUGAAGAACAGCAGUUUGGUAUGGGCCGUGACUUUUAUCUUGAGAAAAUGUAUCUUGACCAAUUAUAAGCACCUAUUGGGUGACACAAUUGUUCAAUAUUUGAAACAGGAUAUUGCCACUAAAAGAAUUUGCCUUACGAUAAUGCUUGUUUUUAAGAGAUUAUUGUUGACGAGAUAAGAUUUUUGCGGUAUUUACUCAGGUACUAGUUUACUCAAACUGUAAAUUAAUCCAAACUAAAAUGUGUGUUUAGGUCUGUACUUAAUACGUUUGCCACACUUUUAGUAAUCCUACCCCUUGUGAAUGUUAGAUAAAAAUCUCUAACCUCUCUCUAAAGGUUUGAUUAUCAAAAGACUGUAUAGGCUUUUCAAGUUUAGGCUUUUCAAGGUUUUAGAGGACAGCAUUACUAAUUAAUAAACUACUUUUAUCUUAACUGUGUUGAAAUAUUUGUAAAUAAUAGUUUUAUAUUGUAAACAAUGACAUUCACUUACCCAUAGCAAUAUGAACAAAUGAAACCGAGUAGUACAUGCUCGCUGAGGCUUAAGUAUUUUCAGCGUUGUUUAAUCAUUGACAAUGAGAUUGAUUUUUAUUUUUAUCUAUAAUUGAUAACGUUUAUAGCUGUACGUAGAUCAUUAACAAAUUUGUAAAAAAAACUAAUUUUUACUCAUUUUUGAGAGAACACCAGCAAAAUGUCAUGUCAUGUUAAGUACAUUUGUCAUUGUAGGCUAUUGAAACAUUGAUCAUUGAAAACGAGAAAGAACAUUGGGUAAGAUAAUAUGCAAUAGCUUGUUGAAGAAGAUUUAUUAGUAUGGCAAAUAAUCUUUUGGGUGGGUGUUGAGUAUAGACAUUGACUAUAGGUUGUAUAUAAUAAUUGUGAUACAUCUUCAGCUGUUACUUUCAAUUGUGUUUAUUUUAUUUAUUUAUUUUGUUACAUUUAAAGAGAUUGACUGUAUUUUUCAGACUUUAUGGAGUACUUUUAUUUGUCAAAUUCCAUUAAGUGUGUAAAUAAAUAAAAUAGUUCUUAAUU